GCGAUUCUGAACUGCAAUCGGAUCGAAUCCCAAUCGCCGCAGUUCCCUUGAUAACUCAAGUCAAUCUCAAGUGUCGCGUGUGAAGGCAUCUCAGCCUAUAUAAGACAUAAAACUGAACAAAAAAGAACAUUAAAUUUUAAAAAGUGAUCGUCAAAAUGCAGUUACUUAAUUUAGGAUGCCUUAAGCAAAAGGUGACACACAUCUCCAACAACAACAACAAAGGCAACAGCCAAAGCAAAGAAUCCAACGAAAGAGAUCCUAGAGAUACAACAGGGAUCUUUGGUUGCUUUGCCAAGAAGGAAGAUCACCAGCAGAAACAAAAAACCAAUAAGGCAUCAGAACUACGAGAUAGUUCUAACUCUGGCACCUAUAAAGUCCAACAAAAGGAGCAGGAGCAACAAAGACAGAUCGAGGGAUAUCCAUCCACUUACCGACAGCAGGACGAGGAGUUUCAUCCGAUAAAGAAGGAGGAACGCCAAAGAAUAACACCGCCCAUAUCCAAGCAACCGAGACCGCGGAAUACUCAGAGAUCGCAGAGUCAGCCGGCUAUCAAUAACCGACGACGACCAGGUACCCCGCCGCCACACACCACCAACACCACCACCGCUGGAAACGGAACUGGAAGCAGGAGCAUGACCUCCAUACCUGCCAAUCUAUCCAGCAAUAAUGUGGCCGGAGCAGCUACCAUGCCGGGAGCUGCGGCAGUGCCCGAGAAACAGCCGUGGCCCAACUCCAAAGACGACUACGAGCUGAGAGAUGUUAUUGGCGUGGGAGCCACAGCCGUUGUCCAUGGCGCCUACUGUAUUCCGCGAAAUGAGAAGUGCGCCAUUAAGCGCAUCAACCUGGAAAAGUGGAACACAUCGAUGGACGAGCUGCUCAAGGAGAUCCAGGCGAUGUCCUCGUGCAAUCACGAGAAUGUUGUGACCUAUCACACCUCGUUUGUGGUGAGGGAGGAACUCUGGCUGGUCCUGAGACUCCUCGAGGGUGGCUCCCUGUUGGACAUCAUCAAGCACAAGAUGCGGACGUCCAAUUGCAAACAGGGGGUCUUCGAUGAAGCCACCAUUGCCACGGUUCUCAAGGAGGUGCUCAAAGGACUUGAGUACUUCCACUCAAACGGACAAAUCCAUCGGGACAUUAAGGCCGGAAAUAUCCUAAUUGGCGAUGAUGGCACCAUUCAAAUCGCAGAUUUUGGUGUGAGCGCUUGGUUGGCCACUGGCCGAGAUCUGUCCAGGCAGAAGGUGCGUCACACAUUUGUAGGCACUCCCUGUUGGAUGGCGCCCGAGGUGAUGGAGCAGGAUCAUGGCUAUGACUUCAAGGCGGACAUCUGGUCCUUUGGAAUCACGGCUAUUGAAAUGGCCACCGGAACGGCACCCUACCACAAGUAUCCCCCAAUGAAAGUGCUAAUGCUGACCCUGCAAAACGAUCCGCCCACUUUGGACACGGGUGCGGACGACAAGGACCAGUAUAAGGCCUACGGCAAGACAUUCCGCAAGAUGAUCGUCGAGUGUUUGCAGAAGGAGCCAUCGAAGAGGCCAACGGCCAGUGAACUGCUGAAGCAUGCCUUCUUCAAGAAGGCCAAGGAUCGCAAGUAUCUCACCCAGACCCUGCUGCAGUCCGGACCCAGCAUGGAGACCAGGGUGCACAAGGCGGCGAAAAGACAGCCCGGUGCCUCGGGUCGCCUCCAUCGCACUGUGACCGGCGAAUGGGUUUGGUCCAGCGAAGAGGAGGAUAACGGUGGCUCUGCCGGCUCCGGUUCAGGCUCGGGUGGUGGUAGAAAACAGCCAUCUUCGGACUCUGAUUCGGAGGACAGGCCCAUCAACCGUUUGGAGAGAGCAGAUUCCUCGGACAGCGAUAGGGAAGAACCGUCGCCAGAGAUAACGCACAGCGUUUCCUCCGCCACAAUGACACCAGGAGCUGCUGCUGCUGCUGCUGCUAUCCCAGCCACCCAGGAGGUGACAGCUGGCCUGGCUCAAUUACCAAUGCCCAGCGAGUCGGCCGGUGAGGCACCACCCGUCAAUCUUGUCCUGCGCAUGCGCAACUUGCGACGCGAGCUCCACGACAUUCGGUUCGAAUUUGUGGUGGGCAAGGACACUGCCGAAGGUAUAGCCACAGAGCUGGUAGAUGCCGGCUUAGUGGACGCAUUGGAUACCCAACCAAUGGCCCAGCAUCUGGAUCAACUGAUAGCCGCCAGUGCCACGAUGAAAACGAUUACUUUCCAAUUAAGUUCCGGCGUGCAGCCGGGCGAAGUGCCCGACGAACGAUCAUUGGUGGGCUAUGCGCAAAUUUCCAUUACAGACUAAUAGUGAUUAAAUAUUAGCCGUGGUUAAUGGAGCCAAGGAUCACGGAUGAAGGCCAACCCCAAUCCAUCACAACAGCAACCCCCAACAAAACCUUCACACAGCACCAUCUCUGUUAGGAAAAAAAAAGAAAACAAACAAGCCAGUCUGAUGAUGAUACGUAAGGCCAGGCCAGGAGGGUUCGGCGGGAUCUGGAUUCUCCCAACUGCUGCUGCUUUUAGCACUAGACUCUAGAACUAACUGUAUAUGCUAGUGAUAGAUCUUAACACGAGCCCCGAUCGUUUACUAUAUAUAGAGAAAACUCCAUAAACACAUAUAUGUUAUGGAUUUAAUAGGAUGCGUCGAUUUCCGGUUGACAACGACUUGGGUUAGGAGCGGAAAGGAAAUUUUGGUUUAAAAUAAGCUACUAUAUAUAUAAAUAUAUAUAUUUGCCUCCCCCUUUUAAAAUGUCAGCCCCAUUUCUAAUUUAAUUAGAAUGGUUUGGAAUAUAAUUUGAAUUUAAUUUUCUUACUACAAAUAUUCUUUAAAUGAAAUAUAUUUUAAUAGCGAAAGGUUUUUAAUGAAAAAAGAAAGUCUAAGCAUAUGUAUUGAUUUGUAUGUUCUGGAUAUAAACCUUAGAGCGAUUAAAUCGGCUACUUUCUGUUCCUAAUAUUAUGUUUCAACCACUGAAAAUCGACCUCGGCCUAAAGUUUUAUAUAUAAAUUGCCUUACCUUCUAAAAAACAGAAAUCCUAAAUGCGCAUUGUAAUUAAGUCCAUGUGCCCAACCGACCCUUUUCCUCCUCCUCGCCCCCCACUAAAGUAGCUAAAGUAAUUAAAAGAAUCGUGUACUUAUUCGUUUUCGUUUGUCUUUAAGUAGCUCCUGUACAUAUACACCCAAAACACACAUAUAUAUCUAUAGAAAGAAAUCAGUAGAUAGAUCCUGAUGUAGUCCUGCCUCUAUAUAAUACAUCAUUUACUACCAAUCGCACCUAUGUAUCCCCGCCAGGCGCCUUUAAUUUAUUCUCUAGCAAUCGUAAACUACUAAUUUGUAAAGCCUAGCGCCUAAGUCUUGUUUUUGUUUUACUCUUAUUAUUUUAUUAUUUUACUUUAUUAUAUUUUACCUUUCUGCUCUAUAUAUCUUUGGUUAAGAUCGCAGAGGAGGGCAGAGAAAAAAAAAGUAGAAAUUAAAAUUCAAGCUCUGUAACAACUACCUUGAAGUAAAUCGUAAAUCAAUUACUUUAAAAUACAAUGAAUAUUAUUUAAAAACAUAUUAGUAAAGAAGAACACCACAAAAAAAAGAAACGAAAAAGGAA